GGGGACUUGAUAGAGGUCUUUAAAAUGAUGAGAGGGAUAGACCGAGUUGAUGUGGACCAGCUUUUCCCUUUGAGAAUAGGGAAGAUUCAAACAAGAGGACAUGACUUCAGAAUUAAGGGACAGAAGUUUAGGGGUAACAUGAGGGGGAACUUCUUUACUCGGAGAGUGGUAGCGGUGUGGAAUGAGCUUCCAGUGGAAGUGGUGGAGGCAGGUUCGUUGGUAUCAUUUAAAAAUAAAUUGGAUAGGCAUAUGGAUGAGAAGGGAAUGGAGGGUUAUGGUAUGAGUGCAGGCAGGUGGGACUAAGGGAAAAAAGUUGUUCGGCACGGACUUGUAGGGCCGAGAUGGCCUGUUCCCGUGCUGUAAUUGUUAUAUGCUUAUAUUUGGGGAACGCUGAGCCGGUGAUUUCAGAUCAUGUCCAUGGCCCCCUCUUUACCCAGAAACCUCCGCGCCCCAGAACUCGCCCUAUGUCACAGGCGCGGAGAGACCCGGAAGUGGGUGCGGCAAAGUCGCGCAUGCGGUCCGUGGACAAAAGACUCCGGUGGAUCGGCGGCGGGUAGGAGCGGGGAUCCGGGCGCGGGAUCAGUCAGCACCGAGGCCCGGCCUGAGGAGCGGCCCCCGGCUGUGGGGACACGUGUGAUGUCAUAUUUCACCGUCGAGACAAAACAACACCUUGUCUGAAACACUGAUCUUUACCUGUUAAUUCAUUGUAAACGACUCAAUAGAAGAAGCAGAGGAUUAAUGUUCAGGAAUCUCAAUCGUAUUCACAAGGAUUCACUGUGUCAGCUGAGCCGAGCAGACGCCAGAGGGUUGACAGCAUGGAGACAUUAUCCACCAGCUCCCAGUGUGGGCAGGGAUUCACUCAAUCUCCCCACCUGGUGACCCAGCAGCAAGUUCACGCUGUGGAGAAACCAUUUACCUGUCCCCAUUGUGGGAAGGGAUUCACUCAGUCGUGCCAACUGAAGAAGCACUAUCGAAUUCACAGCGGGGAGAAGCCGUUCACCUGCUCUGAGUGUGGGAAGAAAUUCACCGUGUUAUCUGUGCUGCUGAUCCACCAGCGGAUUCACACCGGGGAGAGGCCGUACAUCUGCUCUGAGUGUGGGAAGGGAUUCAUUGCAUCAUCUCAGUUGCUGACACACCAGAGAACUCACACCGAGGAGAAGUCGUUCGUCUGCUCGGAUUGUGGGAAGGGGUUCUUCCAUUUGUCCGCGUUACAGAUACAUCAGAGGAUUCACACCGGGGAGAGGCCCUUCGUCUGCUCGGAGUGUGGGAGGGGAUUCAGCCAAUCCUCCAACCUGAAGAGACACCAGCAAGUUCACGCUGUGGAGAAACCGUUUGCCUGUCCCGAUUGUGGGAAGGGGUUCUCUCGAGCGAGCCGGCUAAAGUGGCACCAGCAGAUUCACACCGAGGAGGGGCUGACAACACGUCAGCGAGUUCAGACCUGCGAGAGGCCGUUCACCUGCUCCGAGUGUGGGAAGGGGUUCAUUGCAUCAUCUGAGCUCCUGAAACACCAGAGAAUUCACACUGGGGAGAAGCCGUUCAUCUGCUCUGAGUGUGGGAAGGGAUUCAUUGAAUCAUCUGCCUUACAGAUACACACGUGGGUUCACACUGAAGAGAGGCCGUUCACCUGCUCUGAGUGUGGGAAGGGAUUUGUUCGUUCGUCUGCAUUACAGGUACACUGGAGAACUCACACCGGGGAGAGGCCCUUCUUCUGCUCGGAGUGUGGGAAGGGUUUCACUGGUUCAUUUUCAUUGUUGAUGCACCAGAGAAUUCACACCGGGGAGAGGCCGUUCAUCUGUGCUGAGUGUGGGAGGGGAUUCAUUGAAUCAUCAGCGUUGCAGGUACACCAGAGAAUUCACACUGGGGAGAGGCCGUUCACCUGCUCUGAUUGUGGGAGGGGGUUCAACCGAGCUUCCCAACUGGUGACCCACCAGCAAGUUCAUGCUGUGAAAACAAAAAUCCCCUGUCCUGAUUGUGGGAAGGGAUUCGCUCAGGCAGACAGCCUGAAGAAGCACCAGCUUAUGCACACCGAGGAGAGGCCGCUCUCCUGCUCCGAGUGCGGGAAGGGGUUCAUUCACUCAUCUGCGUUGUCGAGGCACCAGAGAAUUCACACCGGGGAGAGGCCGUUCACCUGCUCCGAGUGUGGGAGGGGAUUCACUCAUUCGUCUGCGUUGCAGGUACACUGGAGAAUUCACACUGGCGAGAGGCCGUUCGUUUGUUUGGAGUGCGGGAAGGGGUUCACCCAAUCUUCUCACCUGAACAGACACCAGCAAGUUCACGCUGUGAAGAAACAAUUUGCCUGUUCCGAUUGUGGGAAGGAAUUCAGUCAGGCGGGCAGCCUGAAGAGGCACCAGCGAAUUCACGCUGGAGAGAGGCCGUUCAUCUGCUCUGUGUGUGGAAAGGGGUUCAUUGGAUCGAGUGAGCUGCUGACACACCAGAGAAUUCACACUGGAUAGACGCUCUGAAUGUGUGGGACCAGAUCACGUGGUAAUUACGAGUCGCAAACUCUCUCACCACAAAACUGCCAUUUCCGCAUCAAUACCAUUUGUGUUAUUACACUAUUUAUAAAACACGGGAUUCCCGAGGAAUGCAAGUGGUGCAGAACUAUCUGUAUUUUAUGUUAAACUUCAGGCACCUUUAGGUGUUUUGAUUUCAAUAAUUGUUCGCCUCUGAGAUAAAAACACAGACUGGCUGUCGUCCAUUGGGGAACGUUGAGCUGGUGAUUUCAGAUCAUUUCCAUGGCGCCCUCUUUACCCCGAAACCUCCGUACCCCAGAACUCGCCUCAUUGUUGCAGGGAUCGCGGGGAGCCGGAGGUGAUGCGGUCAAGGCGCGCGUUGCAGUCCGCGGUGAUGGAAUAUUUAUGUAUCUAUUACCCUUGUGUGUUCUAUCUGUCUCUGUACAAGAUCGCGUACCGAAACUGCCUGGUUCAGUGGACAAUCUGGUCACAGGUGACCCGACCCUAGGGGAUCGAUGGCGGUUUAACGUGAUUAUGGUAACGCCGUUGGACUCCACAUCUUGGCGAUGUUUCAGGUCAGGACCGGCUGUGUAGCUCCUGUGCCAGUUGUGUGUUUUUUUUUGUAAACCUGUAAAAGUACCUCCUUGUAU